CUCAAUAACCCUUGUUUACUUCAAAACAUCAACCUACUAACCUUACCUUACCUGUGUAACAUCGGACGAUUGCUGCUGGCAACGUACUUCGAACCUGAAUUCUACAGACGACUCAACUUGUCAGAUCUUCCUCCUGCCUCUGAUAUUGUCCUCAGCGAGAAACAACGGUACGAAGCGCGGUUGCGAUUUCAAACUCGACUAUCGCAAACUACCCCGAAUGCGCAGCGAGUCCCGUCAGUUGCUACAUAAUGGACCGCCGAACUCAUGAUGGCUGGAUGGACUGGGAAUACCACUCGCAGCCGCCCGUGGACCCGUCCAGCCCUUUUACAACCUUCUCUCAGACACGGCCGACGUCUUCGGUUAUGGACUCGCCGACGAAAUUCGCAAGCAACAACCCGUUUGCCUUCCCCGUUGCUUCCAGGGGAUCACCGGCCAAACCACAAAACCAACCGCGGCCGCCGGCAUCAUCAUUCUUCAACCCUCAGCUUCAGAGCAGGCAGUCAGCUCCGGCCUUCCGGAAUCCCGCAUUCACGACGCCCCAAAAGCGCCCUGAUGAACGUGUGUUCUCCGAGUUCUCUGGUGUCGAUUCGAGCCCGGCUAUGACGGACACAUCUGAGGUGCCGGCCGAGACGCCGGAAAUCUAUCGAGCGGAGGAUGACGUCAGCAGGUUGACUCUCACGUCGUCUCCCAGCAAGCAAUUGUUCAAAGAGGCCUUGUACAGAAACCAUGCGUCAGGGCGAGGGGAGAUCCCCAGGGGCAACAGGGACAAAGUUAGGAAGAGGAAGCGGCUGCAGAGCGACAGAGAUGUGGGCAGCGUACGAUAUCGUCUCCCUCAUGCGUCCGACGAUUCCGACAGCGAUUGGGAAGAAGGUGCGAGCGAUAGCGUGAAGGGAAGCAAGAAGGGAAAGACACGUCGAGGGGGCUGGUUCAACAACUUUUUGUCAGCCGUCAGCGACCACCCCAGUGCGCCAGCAAUUCUGUCGAAGUGGCUGCAGUUGGGCGUGAAUAUUAUCCUCCUCGGCAUCGUUCUUUUCGGCAUAUUCGGCCUCCUCGUUCAAAUACGAUCCGAUUUGUCUCAUGCCAGCGAGAAGGCCCGAGCCGCCAUCGCCAACGAGAUGUCCAUCUGCGCCGAUAAUUACUCCAAGAACAACUGCUCACCCCGAGCAAAUCGCCCUCCGGCUCUGGACGGACCUUGCAACGAAUGGGAGACAUGUAUGCACCAGGACCCGUCAGCAGUUAAGGUUGUUCAGAUCUCGGCGAGGAAUGUCGCCGAAAUCAUGAAUGAGUUUGUCGGCGUCUUAACGUUUAAGACAUGGGGCUUUAUUCUCUCGCUAUUCCUGGUUACAGUCGUCGCUAGCAACGUCGGUUUUGGAUUUCUUCGCGAAUCUACGCUUUCCCACUCGGCGAAGCCGCAUGUACCUUUGCAAUCGCCGCCGGUUGUACCCCCCGUUUUUGGGUCCGCGGCUGCGCACAACCCGCAGCAAGCCUACAUCUGGGCCCCUAUCGGCCGGGCCCCUCGCGACGUUCGCAGGAACUUGUUUGCAAGCGAUGCCGCGGAUUCGGAUGCAUCGCCAGAUUUCAAGGCGAUCAUGCCACCGGAGACCCCGUCGGGAAGGAGAAGUCCUAGCAAAGGGGACCGGGCACGGAGCCCAACGAAGGGAUUUUGAUAUGCGUGUUUGGGCUUCGCAUCGGCCGGAUCGGUUAGCUUGUCGCCAAUGGGUGUGUAAGACUACAUUGUAUAUAGCGCAGUUAUCAGUUGCGGCCUGGUAGCGAUUUUCUGCCAACUCUUUAGAGGAUGAUAUUGGUGUCGCUU